UUCCUUCUUAAUUUUUACCAAUACCGUACCAUGUAGAAAAGUUUUCCUUCCGAUUCAACGUUAUAAAAUUUGACGGAAAUCAAGAUCAAAUUGUGUAAAAUGUUUCCUGUUCUUUCCAGAAUCACAGGCAUAUCUACCAGAGCCUUUUCUUGUUUAACCACCCAUGGAAAUAAGACUGUCCUAAAUUCAGCAUGUAGAGGUCGUCCCCUGUCUUCAUGGUCAUGUCAUUUGAAAGCUUCACCAGCCUGCCCAUGCCUUAUCCAGUGGAAUAAAAACACUUCAAAUAGAUCUUACUCUAGUGAGCAGGCAUCAGGCCUACCCAUGAUUACCAGCAGAGACUUACUUCACCCUGAUCCCACGGUAGAACCUAUUCAGGCAUGGCUAGAGACCAUAAAUUCACUAGAAGAUAACAAGCUUGGUCUGCUGGAUCUUCAUCCACAUGUCUUUGCUACAUUUCCAAGGUUAGACAUCUUGCAUAGGAAUGUACUGUGGCAGAGAAAUUACAAGAGAAUAAGUAUGGCCAAGGCUAAAAGUAGGGCAGAGGUGAGAGGAGGCGGGAAGAAACCAUGGCGACAGAAGGGUACUGGACGAGCACGACAUGGCAGUACAAGAUCACCUAUCUGGAUUGGAGGGGGUAAAGCAUUAGGACCCAGGGGUCCCAGAAGCUACUGGUACGUUUUACCUGAGAAGAUUAGAGCUCAUGGUUUGAGGGUAGCACUGACUGUCAAAUACACUCAAGAUGAUCUUCAUAUAGUAGACUCUCUGGACAUACCAUCAGCUGACCCAGGGUACCUGCAGGAUCUAUGCAAGGAGCGUUAUUGGGGAGAAUCUGUGCUAUUUGUAGAUGUCCAAGAUGUUGAAGAGAUGCCGCUCAACUUUUUAGAAGCGGUGAAUGGAAUCAAGACUUUUAAUGUGCUAUCAGCUGAAGGUCUGAAUGUUUACAGUAUGUUGAAGCACAAGACACUGGUACUCACCCUCGAUGCGGUCAAUCUUCUAGAGCAGAGGUUGCUACAUUACCUGUACAGCUACAGCACACCCAAGCUUACCAAGAACCUACCAAUCAUGAAAACCCAGCUAGGUCUAGAUCCUUACCAUCAAGAAAGGCUCUUCAGGACUCAGGAGACAGAAGUUUAGCCCUUGACAGUACAUCCAAGCUAAUACUAAGAACCUACCAAUCAUGAAAACCAGGCUAGGUCUAGAUCCUUACCAUCAAGAAAGGCUCUUCAGGACACGGGAGACUGAAGUUUGAUUCUUGUCAACACCCUGAAAUCUACCGAUCAUUAACACCCAGCUUGGUCGAGUCCCAGGGCUAUUACCAUUGACUAUUCACAGAAGAGGAGAAUCAAGUUUAGUCCUAUGAUUGAAGUAGGUUGAAAUACCAUGUAUAAAAGAGGUUGUAUGUUUGCUGGUCAGGUCUAUGGUCACUUCCAUUAUCAGAGUGUUUUUUUACCAACACUGUAUAGCUGUACUUUAAGAUGUUAUUUAGCUGCAGUGAUUUUGUCCAGGAAAGAAAGAAAAAAGCUAUUUAGACUUGGUAAUUUUGAUGACAUCGUUUGAAUGCUGCGAAUUGCACCUACUUGCUAGAGUGCAGUGUUCUUGAUAGAUGAAUGAUAACCACAUUCAUAGGGAUCUAAGGUGGUCUCUCUACAUGGGAUGUUCAAUUACAAAAAGGUUGUAAGCACUACAUGUAUUCAAUGCAGUUAUACAUGUAAGUCCCUGUGCAUCUAAUAUGAUGUAUAGUUCAUCUUAAGUACAGUGAUAAAUACAUGUGCGUCAUGUACAUUAUUGGCAUUGCUUCGAUAGAGAUAUUGGUUGUCAUGGUGGCUUCCUCAUUUAACUGAUGUACAAAUACAGUCAAGGAUACAAGGUUCCAUGCAUCCAUCCACCUACAGAUGUGUCUAAGGUCUUCUUCCAAUGCAAACAGGUCAGGGCCCUGUUUCAUUAAACUUGUUAUCAAGAACAAGUUACAAAAACUGUUAUAAGCUACUCAUACUCAAAUCAUUGCAUUUGAUUGGCUGAGAUCAAAUUUGUAAUAAGACAGUUGUUAUUGAUGGUAAGUUUUUAUAAAACGGGGCCCAGGGUUUUAUCAUUUAUAGAGUUGUAUUGAGUAUUGACCUAAAUCAUCUUUUUUCUUUCUUCAAAUUGAUUUUUUUGGGGGUCAUUACCGGUAACACAUUUUGACUGUGAGCUGUGAGCAAUAAUACAGAUAUGAACUGAGAGAUAUGUAUCAUUUUUCUUUGCUAAAAUGAUCAAAUCCCGCCGGUUCCAAGAUUUUUUCCGACUUGUUUUUCAAUUACAGAUCAAUCAGUCGAUCUUAUUUACUGGGUGUAAGCCACAAAUAUGUUUAAACUAUUAAAAUGAUGAAGUUUGAUGCAAACAGAAUUGUGUUAACAUCAGAUGGUAUGAAAAUAAUAAUUUCCUUUUCUAUAAUGUUGUAUUAGGGUAAUGAUUUAAACCAAUAUCUUUAUCCAUUACAGUAUACGUUAAUAUGAAUAAAAUGCAAGAUUGUGAUACAACAGUG